AUGGAUGGUCCUGCCAUUGUGGCCAUUGGGAACCAGAGGGGGCUGGCUGCCUUCCCAGCAACAGGCCGUGAGCUGACCAAUGGCUGGCCUGGGCCUGGGUUCCUGAGCCCAGUGACACUUCUGCCUAGGCUCGCGCUGCGGGAGGAAGAAGCCAGGCGAGGUCCCCUCGGUGCCCCGGUGCAGCCUGGCCUGGGAGAGAGGAGCCCCCAGCGACACCGAGAGCCAAGACAGGGCAGAGUUUCUCAGAGGUGGCACCCGGCCAGGGAGCCCCUCGCGGCUACAGGGUUUCUCCACGGACUCGGCCAUCUGGGGAGAGCAGCCCAGAGCCCUCGGGCCUCCUGCCGUAUUCUGUGGCCUGGGACUUGGGGGGACCCACUGAGGACACUGGGACGCAGCCAAAGGGAGGUGCAGACAGUAUGUACUGGCGUUUCCGGGGACCAAGCCCAGAAGGAGCAGGACGGCCACCUCCUGGCCUGGAGGAAAAUCCUGCUUCCUGGCAAGAAAACCACCCCUAGAGGAAUAGGACUGGGGUGCAGGACGCUUUCUCAGGCAACCGCCCCUUUCCUUCUCCAAAACUGGGGCAGGAAAAGAGCAUUCAGGCCAGGCAGCGAAAACCCCAGCUCUGGUACCUCCCGCCCCAGCAGAGGCCGCCUGGAGGCACGGAGUUCCGGCCUGGAUGAGGCCUGGGAAGCCCAGCGACUCACAGGCCACGGCCGCUUCCCCUCUCCGAGGAAGGAAAAGUCCCUGCAGAGCGGCCUCGGCUAAGGCUCCGGUGCCCAAGCAAAGGAAGGGAGCGUGCUUGCAGACGCCUCCUGCUGGGAGCCUGCCACGCCCGCCACACCCUGCGCGGGGACAAAGCUCUCCGUGGCUGUGGCAGGGACACACCGCGUGUGGGUGGCUGCAAGCCAGCAGCCCCGAGCGGCCCCUCCCGCUAGACUCCCAGCCUGGGCCCUCUGUCCUCCAGGCAACGAGAACAUGGAUGCCUCGCUUUUCAGAGACUCGCGUUCUUGGAACUUACACCCUCUUGGGUUUGCUAUUUUUACCCACCCUGAGCCUUCCGGUCUCCAUGGCGACGCCUCCAAACAGCAGAUUCCAGGCGGCAAUGACGUCAUCUCUCCCUUUCCUGCCGCCCAGGCCUUGGAGAGAUCCAAGGCCUGUGGGCCACGGCUGCGCCUCUCCUGACUCCAGCUUGCCCGUCUGUCCUUGGGGGCAGCGUCCUUCCUUCUCUCGGCCCCUUGGAGCAGCUCUGCGGGAACCCCACAGCAGCCCAGCGGAUUGAACGCAAAAGACAGCCACCCUCCUGCUCCGGAUCCUGGGAGGAGGCUACACGCUGGCGCUGAGACAGCAACCUGCCUGGCCUGGGAAGCCCCCCGCAGCCCCUACAUCAGAAGCUUGCUCUUGGCGCAGUGGCUCACGCCUGUAAUCCCAGCACUUUGGGAGGCUGAGGCGGGCGGAUCACGAGGUCAGGAGAUUGAGACCAACCUGGCUAACACGGUGAAACCCUGUCGCUCCUAAAAAUACAAAAAAACAAAUUAGCUGGGCGUGGUGGCGGGCGCCUGUAGUCCCAGCUACUCGGGAGGCUGAGGCAGGAGAAUGGUGUGAACCUGGGAGGUGGAGCUUGCAGUGAGCCGAGAUCACACUACUGCACUCCAGCCUGGGCGACAAAGCAAGACUCCAUCUCAAAAAAAAAAAAAAGCAGCAGCUUGCUCUCGGCCAGGCACGGUGGCUCACGCCUGUAAUCCCUGCACUUUGGGAGGCCGAGGCAGGUGGAUCACCUGAGGUCAGGAGUUUGAGACCAGCCUGGCCAACAUGAUGAAACCCCGUCUCUAAUAAAAAUACAAAAAACUGGCCGGGCACGGUGGCUCACGCCUGUAAUCCCAGCACUUUGGGAGGCCGAGGCAGGCGGAUCACAAGGCCAGGAGAUGGAGGCCAUCCUGGCUAACACAGUGAAACCCCGUCUCUACUAAAAAUACAACAAAAAUUAGCCGGGCGUGGUGGCGGGUGCCUGUAGUCCCAGCUACUGGGGAGGCUGAGGCAGGAGAAUGGCGUGAACCUGGGAGGCGGAACUUGUAGUGUGAAGUCCCAACUCGCCUCUGUCUGACACAGGCAGGCACACUCGCAGGUCUGGGCACGAGGCAGGCAGCAAGCACACGGACACAGCGGAAAGAGUUCCUGUUCUAGAGAGCUGGCAGCUUCCUUGGGAGAGCAUAAAAAAUUAAGUCUCCAAAUGUUCUAUGUUGGAUGGGGGUCCAUGUUCUUAAAAGGAAUAGGCGAGGGAAACACGGCUACUCCUGCAGCCGCGCCUGCUCUGCUGCAUCUCCAGCUCCUGCCAGGCAUGGUGUGCGUGGCCCCAAGACAGGGAGUUUCCAUGGAGACGGGGUUUCACCGUGUUAGCCAGGAUGGUCUCGAUCUCCUGACCUCGUGAUCCGCCCGCCUCGGCCUCCCAAAGUGCUGGGAUUACAGGCAUGAGCCACCACGCCCGGCCCCCAGAGCCUUAGUCUCAGAAUCACACCCACCCCACGCCCAGGGCGUCUGUCACAGCUUUCCAAUCCAUGAGCCCAUGAAUCGGACUGGACACAGAUAAACUGGGACAGGACGCCGGGUGGCAAAGGCCGGGACAGCUGGGCCACUCCCUCCAAAAGGUGCCUCAGACCGGGGCUGUGCAGGGCUGCAGGAGACACAGGGGGACCCCGUAUGGCCCGUUAGAGACUGGGUCUCCCGGAUGGGAGAUUCCUGUAGCCUCUCUUCCUCCUUCACGCUUUGUUUCUUAAGGGGGAAAUCGACCAUUGCUGCCUUUCCACAGACAGGUCGGCCCCAGACGCAGCUGCAUCCUGGAGUCCUUCUGAGAAAUGUGGGACCUGCCCCAGCUCCACCCCAGGGGCAGCGAGGGAGGCGUUGGAUGGAGCCACCCCACGGCUCCUCUGUGAAGGUCUGCACGUCACUCAGAAAGUUGAAGCAAACCAAGCAGGGUUGGAGCCCACAGUUCACAGCCGGCUGCACAGGGGAUGCACCAAGCACAGUUUCCUAUGACAAGUGGAAACCUGUGCGCCACAGACCUUGCUUCCGAGCGAGGCCACUUUCCAGGUACUGGUGGACAUGAGUCUUCGGAGACGCUGCUCAACCCACAGUGCUCCUCCAGCUUGGUUUCUGUGACUUGCCUUCCCCAGAGGAGGGGUGCCCUGAGAGGUCUCCACUCCCUGACCGGCUCCUUGGUGCCGCGCACUCUGAGAGGCUUCCCAGGGAACAGAGCACACAGGACCGCCCUCCUGGGUAGACCAAUCAGCAUCUGAGCUCACAAUUUCCCAGCAGGGCAGUGGGGUGGAGAGAGAAGCCUGGGCUGGGCUGGGCUGGGCUGGGCUGGGAAAGCUUCUCCAGGGAGGGGACGUCAGAGCAGGAUCUGGGGCUGAUAAAAGCCCGCCCCUGGGUGGGGGCUGAGUGGGGCAGGGGGCUGAGCCCGACACGUGGGGAUGGAGGACAGGCUGUGGGAGGGUGUGAACCGGAUACUUCUUG